AUGUCCACGCUCUCUGGAGGUAUAGGUCUUUCAACGGCAUCAGCCGGAAUGAGAUUGUGGCGCACUGUAGUAUAUUUCAGCCUGAGAGGAAUGUUGUGGUUACCAGAGUCUGCUGGAAUUCGCUGGGGAGAUGUGUGUGAGAUUAGGGAGGCUGUCGAUGGGUUUUUCCUAGAUGAGGCGAGAGCGGCAAGAAGUAGAAGUGAGAGCGAAACUCUAGAUGAUGAUGGGAAUGUUAAGGGGAUUGAAGAAAUCCUGGGGAAAGGAAAUUCAGGAAGUAUAAUCGGAGAUGUAAGGAGUGAGAAAACCCAGGCAGAUGAGGACGAGCAGGAGCUGAAAGCUAUUCUCGCCUGCCAGGCGUUACCAGAGCCAGAAGAUUGA